GUGCUGCUCUGUGCUUUAAAUAUGUACAGGGGUGAAAUUUUUGCCUAUCCCCUGUACCUUCAAGAAAAGCUGGCCAGUAGGCAAGUCACUUUUUUUUGUAUGGAUGUGACCUGCAAAUAUUGGCCCUACCUGCAAAGAGUUGCAAAAAGCUGCCCAGAGCUCCAGCACCUCCUGAACAUGAGGCCAUUCCUUUCGGUAUUUCAUGCCAAAGCACAUGAUUUUAAAUGCGAGGUGAAAUGGAGUGGGGCGUAUCAGGAUGGGGCUGGACUAACACUAGGGGAGGAGGUGGAACAGUGCAAUGCCUUCCUCUCUAGGAUUGCAGUGACGACAAAACAUAUGUCAAAAGCAGGACGCACAGACAUGCUGACUCUCAUGGCCAUGCGCUGGAAUCAGCAAAAGUUCAGAAAUUUGGCAGUUUCACUGUCUCGCCGAUAUCAGAAGACCAGAAAAGCUCUGCAAAGCCAGUUACGAAACCUAGAGUCCAUGAAAGCCCAAUUGGCAGUGACAGAGAGCCAAUUGGAAGACUGGGUCAGUGAUGUAAAGGAGUGGGCAGAUGCAACAGUAACAACCACAAAUGAUGCUGAUGGCUUGGCCAGCAGAAUUGAGGUCCUGGUAGCGAGUAUCAAGAGACGUUCCCAGCGUCUCUAUAAAGAUACCGAUGGGAACAAAGGUCGUGCCAGAAUCCGCCGCAAGAUCAGGGAGGAGAAGGGGAUCCUGACAUCUGUUGUGGAGAAAUACAACAGAAUGGUUCCGAGCACAGAAAGUCUUUGCAUGGAAACCAUUCUGUCUGGUGAAACAGCUUGGCCAUGGCAGCUACCACACAAUGACUCUGUCGAUCUAAGGACAAAAAGAAGAGCGUUUGACAUCAUCAUGUCAGUAAGAAGACUUGAGGAAGAGCUGAAGAUUCUUGUGGCAGAGAUGGACCACCACUGGAAAUCUCUUUCAACUCGUGCUGAUAACCUCAGAGAGCUGUCCCGCAUGUUUGCCAGUGAGACAAUGAGAAAUUCACCAUGUGGCCUAAGUGAAGAGGGUUUGAAAGGUCUGCAGAGCAUCAUCCUCAGAAAGCAACAUAAAGUCAGAGAAAUGAAGGUGCAAGCAAGAGACUGUUACCUGCAAGUUUUGUCUGGAGAAGGCAACAUCAACUUUUUGUACAGUGCUUCAGCUGAUGAGUACGACAGUGACUGUGAAAUGUCUGAUGACGGACUGUAAUCCACAAGACUGUGACACCUUUCAUCAUUCUGGACAAUGACCUUAACUCUGGAUAUUAAGAAUGUAAUAAAAUCUGCUUUUCAUCACCUUUAUAAAUGGAACCAAAAGUGUUGCCUCUUCUUUCACUUACAUAGAAAUGUGUGCUUGCAUGCCUAUAGAACCAGUCUGUGGUGGAAAUUAAGUGCAUUAAUUAAAGAGAUUUGAGGUAUGAGUUGUUUCUUCUCAUCCAACUUUUUACUUAUACAUUUUACUUAUAAAUUCUGAGAGAAAAAAAAUGCAUUUGACAGCACAUGGAGAGCUUAUAAAAUGACAUUUUGUUGCAAAAGAAACUUCUCAACAGUACAAUUAGUUGAUUGGCAGAAAAUUAAUUUUAAUAAUUUUCAUGCAAAAACAUUUAAUGGUUCCAGCAUGUAUUUUUUAUUUGAGGUUUGAACUGUUCACAGCUUUUAUCAAUGUAUCUUUUUGGGUUGUGUGUAAUUGUGUCUGAUUUUCUCAUUUUCAUACUUUAUCACAAACCAAACUCUUCAUUUGUCGAGAAAUAAAUAGCAGAUUAAUUUAUUAUGAAAAUAAUCUUUAGUCUAGGUUGUGUACAAAAUAAUUAAUAAUCUUGCAUGAGUAAUAAUAAUUUAAGGUUAUGAUUCACAGGGGAAAAUGAAAUGUUAGAACUUCAGCUCGUGGCUGUGAAAGUGUAGUUUACUUUAACGGUAAGGUGUUACAUAACAACUGAAACCUUUUUAGAGACAUAAAAAGCAAAUUAUGAGGAAGAAAACCAUUAUGAUAAGGAGGAAUCAUUAUUUCCCAGUAUAAUAUUACAUCCGCUUAUGUGUCAUCUAAUAAAAGUAUUGGAGUCAACUGAUUUGAUUCUGUGGUGCUCAAAACAUUUCACCACUUGUGUAGCUUCAUCAGCUGUGACCUGAUAAACAGCAUGAUGAUAGCAAUUUUGAAGUCCCUUUUUAUUUCUAUUGAAUCCAGUUUGUCUUUAUGCUAUUUUAUAGUCUACAAUAAAAUGUUUUACAUGGUGUAUUGUAUAAUAAAUUGUUAAUUGUUUUGAAAAUAAAAAUGCACUAUACCAUCAUAUGAGU